GAUUUCAAAUUAGCUAAUCGGGAACAAUAUGAUUGUCGUGAACGUGCUUGGAAACUUUGUAUAUGGAGAGAUCUGAUGGCACGGAUUCACGAUGAAAGCAGAGAAUUUGUGUUAUCUAAUGAGGUUAUGCUUAAAUUUGCUCGGAAAGUUCCAACCAUAUACGAUGUGUUUAAAUCAACCGAUGAUGCUGAUCAACGAAGAGGGCGGAAAAUUGAUGGGGUGUCGGCAAUUUUCCUGUGUCAUCAUGACGAUUACUUCAACCAGAUCAUAAGUGACAAGUCUGUAGCUCUUGAUACCGUUUUUCCACUUAUUCUUCAAAAGUGUCUGGGUAUGAAUGGAACGUGUGGGAUUAAUCUGUUGAAUUGUUCUCUUCUGGGAAAUUUCAGAAUUAUUCCUUUUUCCCCUCUCGUGAAAAAAAGUGGAAAACAAACUUCAAAGGUAUCACAGAUACCUAUACGCAAGCCUGACGUUGCUGUGUACGAGAGUGACGGAACGUUGAAGUUUUGGUGUAACCAUGGAAAAGGGCAGUGGUAUCUGAAGAUGGGGCUUGCAGAACAGACUCAAAUUCAUGGAGAAUAUGCUUUACAGUUGAAGACUGAAACUUUGGGUGGUCCUGAAAAGGUUGAGAAGAAAAAGGAUUUGUGUAAUAGUUGCGGCAAAGAAGGGAUCGAAUUGAAUCGUCACCGGAUAGUACCACCAUCAUACCGGAAAUAUUUCACAGAGACACUUAAUUAAAUGGAUCAGUCUCGUGAUAUGGUGUGGCUGUGUCAAAAGUGUCAGAAAAUUGCUCUAGAAGCUGGAGAGCGUUACAAGAAAACAAUGAGUUCAAGAUGUGAAGUCUCCCAAUCUUCUCAUCAGAAAAUGGUUGAAGCUAAAGAAUAUGUAAAUAUUCGAAGAGCUGCAGCAGCGCUUUUGGAUAGGCCGACCAUUCCAGAAUCUCGCCGUGAGGAAUACAUGGAGAUCGUAGAGAGGCAUUAUGGCCGAAGCAACCUUUCGCGCGAGGAUUUGGAAGGAGUUCGAAAGAUUGGGUUGAUGAGUUGUAAGGAAGAAAAAAAUGAAACAAGUGUAGAAAAACAGAUCAUUGAUAAUCUGUUAAAGAACUCCGGAGAAGAUGGAGUUAAAAGGUUUUGUGAAGAAUGGAAGCAACAGUUCGUGAACGAUCUUCAUCCUACAAAUUUACCUAGUGAGUGGGGCAUGUAACACUCACUUCACAAGGAUGUCUUCUUUUGUUUUGUGGUUAGUUUAGUCAAGAGUCGUUUGUGACUUUGACUUCAUCCUAGAAAUUUACCUAAAGGAUGUUUUUUUUUGUGUGGUUGGUUUAGUCAAGAGUCGUUUGUGACUUUGACUGUGAGCAUUUCAGCUCGUGCUCAUGAACUAAGUGUAUAUAGAUGAGAUUACUCCAGACUUUUGCUUUUGUUCAUUCAUUACCUGUUAUGUAGAGAUUUACUUUCGAGCAUACAUAAUGUGG